AUGGCAGUUCCCACGCACGGUGCUAUUCUGCUAGACGACACUCUGGAAUACGUACUCCUUGUGCAAGGAUACUGGGCACGAGCAAGCUGGGGUUUCCCUAAGGGAAAGGUGAACGAAGGAGAGGAGCCACAUGCCUGUGCUGUCCGAGAGGUCUUGGAAGAAACCGGUUACGACAUUUCAUCCAUGCUUCGACGUGAGGACUUUAUUGAACUCAAGGUCCUGGACCAACUUGUUCGACUAUACCUCAUUGUGGGCGUUCCACGUGACACAAAGUUUCAAGCCAGGACACGCCGAGAAAUUAAAAGCAUCGAAUGGUUUGCAAUUGCUGACCUUCCAUCUCACAAGCGGGACCAGGCUCCAAAGGCAACGUUGGGAUUGAGUCCAAACGCGUUCUUCAUGGUGAUGCCCUUUGUAAAGCCACUGAGGAAGUGGAUUUUUAACAGCAAACAGCGUAGAGCACAGCAGGGAAGGGCAAAGGAGCGAUCCAUUACAGACAACGAGAAGCUGAAACAAAAACAGCAGCAGUACUUUGCCUCUUUGUACCAAAACGAACUUGCAGACUUUCUGCGUGUAGCAGAAAGGCAGAAUGACCGAUCCCCAUCUCCUCCAAUGACAAUGCCACCGCCACGUUUCCAAAUCGCACAGCGAAGGGACGUGAAAACGCAGGAGUGCUCCACAGCCCGGCGCACACUAAACAGCGAGUUGGGAUGCAGAGCAGGGUUCAGAAAGAACAUCAUCCCCAUGUUCAGUUCUCCCACAUGGACAAAAUUUGCCUUGGACAGGAAAGCACUAAUGGCAUGUCUGCAAGGAUGA